GCCAGUUCUGCAUCGAUGCGACCAACGGCGCGACGGCCACUACGAUGAAUGGACUGCUGCAUGAACACCUCUUGGGACCUGAGAUAAUCGUUGACGAUGGAGAUUCCACCACUGCGUCGGUGGGUGGAACCAAGGCGGCGAGUCCCGGUGGACGGAACCUAGCUUGGCAAUUCGACAUGCACGGACAGUGGCAUCGCGUGUACACCACGCGCGAGGCCGUUCUUCGCGAGGUCCAGGGCGCUGCAAGUUCAUCUGGCAACGGCACGUCAUUUCCGAGCGUCCAAAUGCGCGAUAUUCGCCAGUUGGACAGCGCGUACUCAAUCUCGGACCGACCUACCAUCCUAGUACGUCGCCAAGCCAUCCUCAUGAACAUUGAUCCGAUUCGCGCCGUGAUCAUGCGCCAUCGCUGCAUCGUGUUUCCCGGGCUUCAGUCCGACGUGUCGAAGCUUCUCGAAGCUACGUUUCUCGCGCACUUGGUGGAAUCCCCGGACACCCCAUUUGAAUUCACGGCCCUGGAAGCUGUGUUGUCGACGAUUACGACGUGGCAUGCCACCCAAGUGGCGCAGGGCCAGCUCGAAGCAAACGUGGUGCUGAAUACCCUGGACAGCGCUGACCGCCCUCGCGACGAAUUCGAGCGCCUUCGGGUCGUUCAGCGCCGGUUCGACGAGCUCAAGACUCGAGUUCAAGGGAUCCACUCGCUCCUCGCGACCUUUCUCGACAACGACGACGACCUCCAUCACCUGUACUUGACAAAGCUUCACAACGACCCGAUGCUGUACGACGACUGGCGCAGAUUCGACGCGGACGAAGCGACGUCGUUGGUCGAAGUGUAUGCCCAGCGAACGUUCACGACCCUGUCGGCGAUCGUGCUCCAGCUCACGAAAGCCAACAACACGGAAAGCUCGCUCCACUUGAAGUGGACGUCCAAGCGAAAUCAGCUUCUCUUGGUGGACGUUCCGCUGAAGCUGCUGUUUGUCGGCAUGUGGAUCGCGUCGUUUUGGACGGCUGCGGCGGCGAUGAACGUCGAGUCGCCGUGGUCGAACCUCGACGACGGGGGGCUGUUCUUUUGGUGUGUCUUCGGCGGGCUCGCGCUUGUCGGGUGCGGCGUGUUUGUCGCGGCGGUGGUGUACUUGAGACAGCGAGGCAUUCGCGUGACUUUUUCGGCUCCCAUGGAAGUGCCGUCCGUGGCACCAACCCUUGCGUCGAUGCUGCCAACCCCCGGCUCUGGCGACGUGGAUGUAGACUCUGGGCGACCCGCGCUUUAUUUUGACGCGACAGGGACGUUUUCAACUCAAGUCGUCAGUCGAAGCGAGAUUUUCACGCGGAUACAACGAGCAGCAGCGGACGUGCCUGACGUGAACGAUGCACCAGCUUCGGACCAUCCUGUCGAUAUUCCGGUACGCGAUGGUCGACUCAGUGAUGCCAAGGCCAUAAGUCGUGGCUGUGCCUCCAGCCAGUCCACAUGCGGGACAUUCGAAUGCUCGAGACGGCCCUCGCUGUCUCGAACGAACCGGCCGUAUCCGUGCGACAGCAAGCCAUUCUCAUCAAUUGCGACCCGAUUCGCGCCGUGAUAUUUCGAGAUUCGUGCUUGGUGCUUGGACCGGUCGCAGCAGUCGACAGUGCGCUGGUGCAGCGCAUCCAGAAGAGCUUCCACGAUCGCCUGUGCGAUGCCACCGAUGCCGCCGUCGGCUUUGAAUUCACGUGCGGCCGAGAUGAUCCAAAGUGUUGAGAGGCUGACAACACGGUGUCUCGGUGCCCAUAGCGCGCUCGAAACGAUUCUUGCGGCCAAGUGCCAGCUCCUUGCGGACGACCUGUACAAGCUGGGCGGCAUCGGCCGGCAACAGUUGGAAUGGAUGGCCGCCGACGAAACCAACAUGAGCGUGCUGGACAACCUGCGCAUGGUGAAAAACGCGAUGAGCGACCUGGAGCUGCAAGUGAACGCGUUUCGUCGCAUGCUCAUGGACAUUCUCGACAGCGACGAAGAGCUGCACAUGCUCCACUUGACCAAACUGCAUCGCGACCCUGCCCUUGCGCUCGACCUGUUUGCUUUCGACACGGAAGAGGCCGAGUCGCUGCUCGAGACGUAUUUGCAGGUGGGCCGUCAUCGACCUCGCUGUGUUGUCGCGGCUAACCCAGCCUGAAGACCAACUAUAGCACUGGGGCGGCCGUCGAAUUGAUGCUGUACAACAUUCAAAACACCGAAUCCAUUGUGCUGAUGAAGUUGGAUGCCAAGCGCAACUACCUCAUCGUUGUCGACCUCCUCCUGACCCUCGCCACGACCGCGAUUGCCAUCCCCAACUUUAUCGUGAAUGCGUUUGCGAUGAACUUGGUCUCGGGCGUCAAACAACUCGACGGCAUGUUUUGGACGCUGAUCGCUGUCGCUGCUGCAUGUCCCGUCGUGAUGUACGUCGCGGCGCUGCGGCAUCUUCGUAAAACCGGCGUCAACGUCACGAUGCCAGCCAAGUAAUCCCACAUGGCCUAAGCUAUAUCGCUUUCUCUCUUUGUU